GAGCUGCCUUCUCUUCGCAUCCCUCCUGGCCGUUUCAACUGCGAAUCACUGCCUCUACGACAACAAGCCGCAACUGAAAGCUUGCGUUCGCAAGUGCCGCCACAGCCCAACUGCCGGCUGCGUCAGUGGCUGUGCGGCAGGAGCACCCUAUUUCAUCCGUCCGUCCUGCGCCGCGUGCCUGGGGAACGGAGUUGUCUGCGCAUACCGCUCAUGCCGCACGCAGUGCGGAGCCGGCAUCACUGCUCCGGGCUGCACCAGCUGCAUCACCAGGAGCUGCGGCACUUGCGGAGGGGCGUACAAGGCCGCCAACGAGACCGAGAUGGCAGAGCUGGCGAUCUUCUCCCUGGGCUUCGAG